CGCACCUGUCCUAAGCCGCCGGGUUGUGCAGUUGGGUCGCUGGAGAGGGAGGCUCUUUGCCGCCGCGUUUGCGGCCAGCCCUGGAGGUGGGGGAAGAUGGUGGAGGACGGAGUGGAGGAGCUGGAAGAUCUUGUGCAUUUUUCCGUGUCGGAGCUGCCGAGCCGGGGAUACGGGGUGAUGGAGGAAAUCCGGCGGCAGGGGAAGCUGUGCGAUGUGACCCUGAAGGUGCUGGGGCUGGGGGAGAGAAGGGAAAAGCUUCACCCCAAGAACUGUCUGGGUGUCCGUCAGUUUGCUGAGACCAUGAUGUGUGCUGUGCUGUACGACUCUGCCAACAGUUUCAUCCACCAGCAUUUUGUGGAAGUGUCUAUGUCAGAAGAGUUCUUGGCAUUACCCUUUGAAGAUGUCCUUGAGUUGGUGUCUCGGGAUGAGCUCAAUGUGAAAUCAGAGGAACAGGUAUUUGAAGCGGCAUUAGCCUGGAUUAGGUAUGAUCAGGAACAGCGAGAACCCUGCCUUCCAGAGCUUCUGUCCAAAAUCCGUCUGCCUCUCUGUAGGCCUCAGUUCCUGUCAGAUCGGGUACAGCAAGAUGACCUGGUCCGCUGUUGUCAUAAGUGCAGGGACUUGGUGGAUGAAGCAAAAGACUAUCACCUCAUGCCGGAGCGUCGGCCACACCUGCUGGCUUUCAAAACUCGGCCUCGCUGUUGCACUUCCAUUGCAGGGCUCAUCUAUGCAGUAGGGGGUCUAAAUUCAGCAGGUGAUUCGCUGAAUGUGGUCGAAGUAUUUGAUCCCAUCGCCAAUCGGUGGGAGAAGUGUCAGCCCAUGACGACAGCCCGUAGCCGUGUGGGAGUGGCUGUGGUCAACGGGCUCCUCUAUGCCAUCGGAGGAUAUGAUGGCCAAUUGCGGCUGAGCACAGUGGAGGUGUACAACCCUGAGACAGACACGUGGACCAAAGUGGGCAGCAUGAACAGCAAACGAAGUGCUAUGGGAACGGUUGUGUUAGAUGGACAGAUCUACGUCUGUGGUGGAUAUGACGGCAACUCCUCCCUCAACUCUGUGGAGACCUAUUCCCCUGAAACAGACAAGUGGACGAUAGUGACACCAAUGAGCUCAAACCGAAGCGCAGCGGGAGUCACUGUAUUUGAAGGCCGAAUAUAUGUUUCUGGAGGACAUGAUGGUUUACAAAUCUUCAAUAGUGUAGAAUAUUACAACCACCACACAGCCACCUGGCACCCAGUGGCAAGCAUGCUCAACAAGCGUUGCCGUCAUGGAGCUGCAUCUUUGGGCAGCAAGAUGUUCGUCUGUGGGGGCUAUGAUGGUUCCGGCUUCCUCAGCAUCGCCGAGGUCUACAGUUCUGUGGCAGACCAGUGGUACCUGAUUGUCCCCAUGAAUACACGCCGGAGCCGGGUCUCCCUGGUAGCAAACUGUGGGCGCUUGUAUGCCGUGGGAGGCUAUGAUGGACAGUCCAACCUGAGCUCGGUAGAGAUGUAUGACCCAGAAACAAACCGCUGGACAUACAUGGCCCCCAUGGUGUGUCACGAAGGAGGGGUUGGUGUUGGCUGCAUUCCCCUCCUCACCAUUUAAAGCAAGAAGUGGGACAUGUGGGAUGGGGUCAAAAGCGUGGGUUUAUCCUUCCAGUGACAAUCCUGGGAAGCAGCAGCGCGUCACCUGGGGGGGUGAUGUGAAGUCACGGGCGGUACGGUUUUCCAGGUGCUUACGUCAUCACCACAUGGCCACUGUGGGCAGACAGGCCAAGGUCGCUGAAAUGCACAACAUGAAGCAGUCAUCACUGGGCCCUCUGUGGCUUGACAUCUCAUGGUGCAGCACCCUCUUCAGUAGCUGAUGCCCAUGAAGUGCUCCAUUCAAACCCAGCUCCCACACUCCAACUUGCCUACAUGGGCCCCAGUCCUUCCUAGUUUGGCUUCAUGUCCAGCAUUUGUAGAUGUCUGGCCAUUUGCUAGCCACAGUGUGUGGGAUUUUCCAUGGAGCAGCUGCAGUGACCCAGCCUAGGUAAUGUGUGUGGGUCUGUGGUUGAGAGAAGGUGUACACUCUGUGUUUUCAGGGUAAAUAACCCUCCUAUCAGUGCAGUAUAUUUAAUGGCGGCAGCUUGUCUGUUGCAAAAAAUCAUGUUCCGUCUAUGAUAGAGUAGAGCACAUAGGAUUAUAUCCUUGCAUAGAUGCAUGAGGGGAAACUGAUAGGUUUCUCCCAUGUCUUAGUUUGGGGGUUGAAUGUAGUUUUUCAUCUUGAUCUGGACAAAACAAAAAGGACACUUGAAAUCAAAACUGAAGAACGUGAACUUUUUUCUCUCCUCAUUGUGGGAAGAAAGUGGAAUUUUAAAAAGUAAACCAUUUCUUUGGUUUUACAGAAAGAAAAAAAGGAUAAAAGACACAAGCAGCAAACCUUUGUAUAAAACAAAGAACUGCCAAAUGUUCAAAAAAAUGCACUUAUGUAGGUGUGAAAUAUGACAUGUUUUCUGAGACUUGGUAUAUGUGUGGAAUCCAAGCUGGGCUUUGACCUGUACUGUACCAAGAAUGGGUUUGUGAUUUAAUCCAGUAUUGAUGGCAGACAUUUGAUGUUAAGAGAUUAAAAUUUGUCCUUGGGCUGGAUGCAUAGCACAAGGGGAGCAUUGUGCAACAAGCACAAAAAAGUUUUUAAUUUUAGGUGCAGCGGGUCUGGAACCUUUUGCUCUCUGCUCAGCCAUCAGUCACUUUCCUUGGUGCUCCCAAGAAGUCAGCCAAGGCUCCUAGGUCUUUUCCUUGCUUCAUCUUCUUUAAGGAUGGACUCACAACUCUUGUUUUUAUCCAACUUCCUGUUUUCCUUUUAUUUCCACUUUUAACUUCAGCAGGACUCUAUCUGACCCUUUUCAGGCAUUAGUUCCUGCAUAUGUCCUUUUUAUGAUUGUACAUCAAUGACUCUAGUAGUACAAACACUCCAGAGCUUGGAUACGUCCAACCAUUAGUAGCUUACUGAAUUCCAUGCCCUCAGCUUGCCAGUGGGUCUGCUGUGCUUCCAGCUGGUCUAGAAUUCCAAGGCUUUGUAUUUUUUUUUUUUAAUGUCCUUGGCAGACCAGUAAUGUGGACCAUUUAGGCUUAUGCAAAGAGGAUAUAUGGCAUGCAGAAUGGAAAUGUUAAAAAACAAAUACCCUUCUUUCACCUCUAAAUUCAGUAUUUCUGUGUGUUUUCCAUAGUGCUGCCAUUGAGUGUCUAGCCUCCCAUCACUCCUAGUUGGGACCUUUGACAUAAAGUGAGUUCAUGAACAAGAGAGCAGCCUGCAGACUGCUGUCUCUGUUUCUUGAAGGACUUUUCAGGGAAGUAGAAUUGCCUGGGCAUUUCUGGGGCUUGCUGGGGAGUCAAAGGCUUGCUCUUUCUCACUGUCUUUUGUAACAGAGCCAGAACAAGUUGGGAAAAUAAAAUGAGACUUGCAA